AUGCCGUCCACACAACCCCAGACCUCGCUCUUUCAAGUCUAUCUGCGUCUGCGCCCGCCCAUCUCAACAAAGCAGAAUGAACGGGAGCGCUUCGUGACAGUCGAGAAACCCGAAGUUGCCCCGGAUGAUGAGAUCGUUCCGCCAAUCCCCACACAUAUCACCCUUCAGCCUCCCAGCGACUCGAGAAAACGUGCAGUCGAGAAGUUUGGCUUUACCAAAGUCUUCGAAGAGAAUGCCUCCCAAUUGGACAUCUUUCAUGACACUGGAAUGGAGUCGCUUGUCAAGGGCGUGCUGAAGGAGGGCCGUGAUGGACUGGUCGCGACACUGGGCGUGACAGGCAGCGGAAAGAGUCACACGAUUCUCGGGUCUAAGACCCAACGAGGAAUCACUCAGAUGGGUCUCGACGUUAUCUUCCGGUCGCUCGAGCCAACAUUGAAGACGGCGGACGGCAUUAGUCCCAUGAUGCUCGCAUCGCUUGCUGCAGCAGAUGCUUCCGAAGCGCGACUGUUCUCGGCACAGACAUUCCUGGAAGCUGUCUAUGGCGAAAGCAAUAGCGAUCGUGGCCGCACUUCACGAGCACAAACACCGAUGAGCCCAUCUCGCGCUCAAACUCCCCUGACGGUACGGAACCCUAUUACCCAUCAAGGAUCGGCGAGCAUCCCUCCCACCCCAACUGGACCAUGUCUCUCAAACCAUGGAAGCCCCCCCAAGGCGGACAUCACUACCCCCAAUCGCGCGGACCAACCUGGCCAUGGCCCCCGGUCGAUCGAGCGUUCUGGCAGGAUGAACCCCGGAUUUCCUACUCCCCUCCCCUACACUCGUCCCAUUUUGUAUGAUUCUUUUUUGGCUAAACGACUUUACGUCUUUAAGGAACCGUCCCCUGCAUUGGUAUUCCCACGUCGCAGCCCCCGUGAACGUCCAAGCGCCCUUCCCAGGCUUCCUGAUGUGAGCCAUCUAGCUGUGGACUUGAAUCAAGACUCGGACUACGUGGUUUUGGUGUCCAUGUACGAGGUUUACAAUGACCGGAUAUUUGAUCUCUUGUCUCCGUCGCUUGUUGUAAAUACCAUGUCUCGCGGAAACAACCAAAAGGAUGGGCGACGGCCGUUGCUAUUCAAAUCCACCGAAGGAUCACCGGAUCGGAAAGUUGUGGCGGGCUUGCGCAAGAUUGCGUGCAGCACUUAUGAAGAAGCCCUGGCAAUCCUGGAUGUUGGUCUGACCGAACGCAGAGUGAACGCUACGGGGUCGAACAGUGUCAGUUCUCGAAGCCACGGUUUCUUCUGCCUGGAAGUCAAGAAGCGGUCACAGGGAAGACGCUAUGGUGAAGCAAGCUGGGAUGGAAAUACACUCACCAUAGUGGACUUGGCUGGAUCUGAGCGAGCAAGAACGGCAAAGACAGCUGGGGCAACACUCGCAGAGGCUGGUAAGAUCAAUGAGAGCUUGAUGUACCUGGGCCAAUGUCUGCAGAUGCAGAGUAAUCUCCAGGAUGGGAACAAGACGACACUUGUUCCUUUCCGCCAGUGCAAACUCACCGAGCUUCUAUUCUCAAAUUCCUUCCCAUCGGCAAAUCAAAUGUCUCGAGGCCAUCACCCUCAAAAGGCAAUCAUGGUCGUUACAGCAGACCCUCUCGGGGACUUCAACGCUACAUCCCAGAUCCUUCGCUACUCGGCGUUAGCUCGUGAAGUCACUGUUCCACGAAUUCCUUCCGUCACGGAAUCUAUUAUGUCGCAUUCGUCCAGUAAGAGUGGCCGCACGUCUCCCAACUACGCACUGGCCGAAGAACUUGACCGGGCCGCCGCCGAGAUUUCUCGACUGACAAGCGAUAUGCAAACCCUUGCUAUCAAGCUCGCUGAAGAAGAGAUCGCGCGCGACGAGACUGCAAUUAUGCUUGGCGCUGCUGAGGAACGAUGUCUCAUGAUUGAGCAAGAAGUCCGAGAAGAGUGUUGGGCUGAGAUGGAUGAGAGGAUGGAAGAGGAACGGAGACGGUGGCAGAAUGCCUGGGAUGAGCAGGCUGGACGUGCAGAUGAGCACAUGGACAAGAAAAUCGAACUAUUUUCUCGUGGUUUCCAAAUCUAUGAAGACCCCGAACGAUCGACCAACGAAAGGGUCGAGGAACUGGAAAACGAAAAUGAACAGCUUCGUCGCCGACUCGCCGCUCUCGAGCGCGAGAUGAGCUCCCAAUCCCCAACUAGAAAACCCAGAGCCAAGAACGCCCCAACCACUCGCUCGUCUAAUCUGCUUGGUCGUGAGAGUGAUAUCGAGAAUGCACUGCAACGGCUGGAUCACCUGAAGAUUGCAGAUAGCAUGUUCUCGCCUUCCUCGCCGGCACCUACAUCUCCGGGGAAGAAGCCGCGGAAAAUGGCGACUCGGAAGUGGGAUCUAGGCCCCGAGGAUCAGCUUUAA